AUGGCCAAGAGAAUGGUCUACGCUCUCCGCGUAGAAGAGCUUCAAGGAUUUCUGCAGUCAUGCAAUUUGAACACUGACGGCAAAAGGGAUCAACUUCGUCAAAGGGCUUUGGUGUGCAUCAACUCUGCCAUUAAGAGUGCGUCCUUGCAUUUUGUGUUGGCCAAGCUUCGCCUGUAUUACCAGAGGCACUUUUCCCAAGCGGCAACAGCAGUGCCUGGCCAUGGCGUUGGGGGUGUACAGAAACAAUCGCUUUGGAGUUCGGGUUCUGCUGUGGAUGUUCAAUUCAAGGUUUUGCCAUUUCAUAAAAAUCUGGCCAACCUUUUGAAGCCUAUUCUGCUGCCUUCGUUUGACGAUGAAGAAGCCACGGCCCCUCGAACUUUGACCUUUGAGUGCAGCCUGACUCCGGAGCAGGUUGAUUGCGUGGAAGUAGGACGUAGCACGGUUCCAUCAGUGUACGGUCCCGACCACAAGAGCGACAUUCACUUCACCGUAGAGGUGCUGGUCCGAUUUGCUGAAUGCAACCUGAGCUCUAUGCAAGACGAUCAAUACCCACCCAAGUGCCAUCUCUACGUGAAUGGGGAGACUGUAAUCAUGCCGGGGUAUGAGAUGGCCAAGUCGUCCGGUAAGUUGAAAAAGCAUGGUCAGCCGGUGGAGAUAACUGCCAACAUGCUACUCAGCGGUAUGAACAUCAUAGAGGUUGUGUGCUUGCCAGUUCCAGCAAUAGGCAAGUAUGUUGUCGCUGUGGACCUGUGCUUGAAGCGAUCAUCAGCCGACCUGCUGCAACAGGUAUGUCAUCGUAUCCGCAGUGCAGACAUGUGUCGUGCGCACAUCAAGGAUAAGCUGACCAGCGGUGGUGGCAAAGUAGAGGUUUUAGAUAACAGCUUACGCAGUUCGUUGAAGUGCCCACUGGGAACGACUCGUAUCGUCUAUCCCGGCCGCUCGAUAAACUGUAAGCAUGUCAACUGCUUCGACAUGGCCAGUUUCCUGCAGAUGAACGAGAAGAACGGCUCUUGGGUGUGUCCAAUUUGUGACUGCUCUGCCGUUUAUGACAGUCUUAUGAUUGACGGAUUGAUGAAGGAGGUGCUAGAUAAGUGCCCGUCGUCAGUCGAUCAUAUCGAGUACAAGGCGGACGGUACGUGGAUGCCAUACAACCCUCGUGACGCCAACCAGCGUAGGGCGACUGGAGGCCCAGCAUCCUGUGCGACCAAUGCUGUUGGCAGUGCAGCGAUGUCUACGGUGUCUGAUAAUGUAGUCCCUGCUGUGAUUGACCUGACAGACAGUUUGGAGGCAUGUGAGCAAAAAGCAGGGGAUGAUGGUCCCACAGCUACAGCAGGGCUGGAAGUUAGUGAUCAGUCUCUUGGUCUGACUCUUGUAAUGAACUCGGACGAUGAUAGCAGUGCCAGUACAAAUUACAAUAGGAUGAAAGGCACUCCUUAAUUUCCAUUACUUUUAUUGUUUCACUUCUUUGUCUUCUGUUUUAGCAUCUAUUUUUGUUCUCUUCUAAUUAUCCGCAAACUCCAAAGCAGCCACUUACAGAUCUAGGAAACUUUACUUCUGAACUGCACACCCUGUUGCAUUUUAUUUAGUAUUAGUUUGUGGUAGCAGUAGGAAACUGGAUAGACAUCUGAUAGCUGUGGCUCACCUCCGCCAUGCCUCCAACAAAAUCUGCCGUUCGCGGGCUAACGGAUUCUGAAGUAAAACUGUUGUGCUCCCUCUGUAGUGUAUCCACUCCGAAUCCCAUGAGAUUCCCGUCAAAUUUCUCUAAAUCGCAACAUGUACUCGUGCCCUGUCUUACG